GACGCCGCCAUUCAAACCGCGCAGCGCUGCAUGUUGGGUAAUCUUUUCCCAUCAUGGCGGAUCAGCUCGGUCGCUAACGUGAACGGUUAGCAUACUCAGCGAUUGUUUGGUCCCGCACAUGUUGGACCGCUGGCAUCUGGCAUUCUCCUCGAAGGAACCGCAGCCGCCGAACACACACGGGUGUUAAGUGAGGGAGCAGCAAACCAGUGACAUUAAGAGGGUCUUUAGCAAAAUUGGGGACAGCGGCACAAUGGAAUGUGCAGUGGACAUCCCAUCAGGUGAGGAUGAGGUGCCUGAGAAAGAUGACAUGAAUGCCAAGGAAGGGAAUGAGCCAUACCAUAAGAAAAACAAGAAGCACAGAAAACACAAGAGCAAGAAGAAGAAGAGAAAGAGAAAGGGGGAAAAGGAGAGCAGUUCAGAAUCUGGUGCUGAGUCUGAUGUAGAACCACAACCUCCAGCAAAACCUGUCCGGAACACCAGAGCCAGUGCUAGACUUGCAGCUGCUACAGGAGCUGGAGACACUGCUGGCCUGAAAGAGGAUAGUAAACGGAGUGUAUUUACAGAUCGUGUGGAAAUGGAGGGAGAUGCAAAAUCUAAAAAACACAAAAGGCAUGCUUCCAAGAAGAAGAAGAAGAAGAAGAAGAAAGAUGAAAAGCAGGAAAAGAUAUCCCCAUCUCACUCCCAGUCUGAAAGCAGCUCAGCUUCAGGUUCUGAGUCUGAAGGUGAAGGAGGCAAAGGAGCAGGUGAUGGAAAAUACUCUCCAGCUGCAUCAUCUGACCUGCAAGAACCAGUAUCCAAACUGGGUUCAAAAAGCAAACGAGGGGAGGAGAAGGGGGCUCCUAUGCUCAUGCAGAAACCUGAAUUACUUGGAGUGAAGACAGAGGAGAUUACAAAUAUGGAUGUGUCCCCAACUGGAGGGAAGGGCAGUAACAACAAUGGGUCAGAAGACCAGGAUGAGAAAAUACAGUCAUUGACAGAUGGUAGUCAUGGGGAUGGUGCAUUAAGCCAUGCCCAGGAACUGCCUGACAUCAUCCCAAAACAGGAAGGUGCUGCCCCACAAGAUGACCCAAGCCCAAAAGAUCAGGCCAGCUCAGCUCAAGCAAAAGUCAAGGAACACGAUACAUCUAGGUCCAGGUCUCCUUCCCCUUCCAAGGGCUUAGACAUAAAGAGGUCUGGGUCAAGUCAUAGUCAUUCACCAACACCUAGUCCCAUUAGGCAGCAGUCUGGUGGUCAGUCAAGACCCCAUUUCAGCUCAAACUCAAAGGAGAAACGGUCUACAACUCCUCUAAAGAGUCAGCAGGUGUCCCACUCUCAGUCCCCUAAAUCAAGAAGGAAGUCGCUCUCCCCAUUGCCAAAGUCUCCAAAGAGAGCUAGCUGUCAGUACCGGUCCACCUCUCGCUCCCUCACCCCCAAGAAGAAAGUGUUAAAUUCUCCAAGGAAGUCCAAGUCUCCUAAGCGACGGAGAAAUUCGGUGUCUAUUUCCCCAAAGCGACGCAAAAGUUCCCUCUCUCCUAAAAGAAGGGUGUCACGAUCUCCUAAACGUGGUGGCCGUCGGUCCCCCUCUAUAUCUCGAUCUCCCAGAAGAAGUCGAAGGUCAGAGUCACGUUCCCGUGGAGGCACAAGGAGCUCCAGGACCCGCUCACCCAGACGUGGUGGAGCAGUUGGCAGGCGUUCACGGUCAUGUUCUAGAUCCAGACGUCCUCUUCGUCGCUCCAGAUCACGGACACCAGCGAGACGUGCAGGAGGUAGGCGCUCAAGGAGUCGUUCCUUGUCUCGACGUAGAAAGUCACCACCCCCCAGAUCCCGUCGCUCACGCUCCCGAUCAAUCCGCAAGAGCCGGCGGACUCGUUCACGUUCCGUUGUGGUUCUUAAGCGCAGCGGCCGGCGCUCCAGAUCCAAGAGUCCUCGCAAACGAACCAAAUCCAGAACCCCUCCCUCCCGCCGGUGGUCUAAAUCCAAGUCACCAGUCAGAAGGCACUCUCGAUCCCUUGCCAAGAGAAGCCGUUCUCCAAGGUCUAGGAAACGCUCCAAAUCCCGCUCGUUGUCUCGAAGGCACCGGUCAAAGUCACACUCACCACUACCUGGCAAGAUGAGGUCCAAAUCUCCGAAAAAGACUGUGAGAAUCUCAAAAUCCAAAUCUAUCUCUCCAGGCUUGAACAGGUCUAGGUCCAGGUCUGAGUCAAGUGAUGGGCGAUCUGACAGCUCCUCCCCAGCUAAAUCAACAAAUUCCUCUCCUGUUAAAGUUAAUAUUCCUAUUUCUCCUAAGGCAGAGGAGACCGAGGAAGAAAGUGGAGGACCUCCAGCCACAGCAGGUGGUUGGAAACCCGUGCCCUCAGCAGCUGUCCCCAGCCCCCAAGCUGAGAGCCCCUCAGAGAAAUUGCAGGAGCAGCUUUCUCCCAACCAUGACCCCUCCAAUGAACAAGAUGUGUCCAGGUCUGGUUCCCAGGAGCCCAACGCAGAUGGGUCAGAUUGUUCAGAAGGCUCAGAUGAAGAAGAGGAUUCUUCUUCUCCAGUAAAAAUGACAACUCAACGCCAGAGAAGCUUCUCAGUUUCAAUAUCUCCAGAAGUGCAGAAGAAGCAGUUGUCCAAGUCACCGUCGCCGAUAAAUCGCAGGAAACAUUCGCGCUCAACUUCAUCGCCCAGACGAUCAACUUCCAAAUCUAUAUCUAGAAGGAAGCAAUCCAGGUCCAAGUCUUCUUUGAGGAGAAGAGAAUCUGUCUCUCCAUCACAAAAGAAGAAGCGACGGUCUAAAUCUCCUGCCCGGCGGCGGCGGUCACGCUCGCGCUCCGCAGCACGGCAUAAGCGCCCAGGCUCCAAGUCACGAAACAGAAUCCGCCGGUCCAAGUCUCGCAGUCCAGCACGCAAAAGGCGAUCCCGAACCCGUUCACCCAACGCUCGAGGGAGGAGAAGGUCCAAGUCCACAGACAGGAGCAAGCGAUCCAACAGCCGCUCCACAGGCCGGAAGAAAAGGUCCAGGUCAGGGGACAGAAGCAGGCGAUCUAGGUCUCGCUCCACCGAUCGUAGACGCAGGUCAAGAUCUAGGGGUCGAGGGAGGCGUCCGGUUUUCCGUAGUCGUUCAUUUGAUAGACGGGACAGGUGGAAGAGGGAACCUAGCCACUCUCCAGUUCUUAUCCUUCGCAAACAGCGUCGCUCGGGGUCCCGGACACGGCGCAGCACCAGCAAGACUCCUCCACGCCUCACUGAACUGGAGAAGGACCAGCUGCUGGAGAUAGCUAAGGCUAACGCUGCUGCCAUGUGUGCUAAGGCGGGGGUUCCCAUUCCUGAGAGUCUCAGGCCAAAAGCCAUCCUCCAGCUCCCUCUACCGACUCCAUCUCCUACCCCCCUCUCCUUACCUCUGCCUUUACCACUCCCAAUGGGCAUGGGGAUGCCCAACAUGCCAAAUAUGCCCAACAUGGGUCCAUUGGGUAUGUCCAAUAUUCCGGGGAUGCCCAGCAUGUCAAACAUCACCAUGAGUGCCGCUAUGGCAAGUAUGACGGCAGCUACCAUGACAGCUGCCUUGACCAACAUGGGUGCCCUGGCAGCCAUGCCCCCCCUUGCCCCACUUCCCACCAUUACUAACAAGCCUCCCCCGUGCCUCGCUCCCCCAACACCAACCCUUAACCUGGACCACAUUGAGGAAGCAAAGAGGAAGGUCACGCAGCAGGCCAACAUACACACCAUCAAGGAGCUUACUGAGAAAUGUAAGAUGAUUGCAAAUAGCAAGGAGGAGAUGGCCAUUGCUAAACCCCAUGUCUCAGAUGAUGAAAGCUAGAAGCGCCGAGUCCUAAUGCCACUCUGAUAAAAGGACUAAAGGAAAAUGUAAAAAAAAAAAAAAAAAAAAGCUUUACAAGAGGACUUGCCUAUCCACAGUUCCCUUUGGCAGCCAGAUAACCUGACUGGGCCUCAUAAAACACCAAGAAGAAGAAGAAGAAGAGCACCCUAGCUGUCACAUUUAUAAUUGUAGGAGUACCGGCACCAGCCACUGCCCCCUUCAGCUCCCCAGUUUGUUUCUGUUUGUGUGUGUGAGAGCGAGAGACAGACAGACUGUAACCUGUGAUACCACUGAGAAAACUGGACACGCUUACAUGUGUGCACAGUUGUAUGACUGUACAGUGCGUCUGUGUGUAUAUAUUGACUUUCACCACCAACCCCUCAGUGUUGCUGCUUGUCCAAGCAGUCCUUGUUGUCAAGACUGAAGAGGAAACAAACCAAACUAACUAGUGGCUCAAGUGUUUUUGUAAAAGAUUAGUUUCUCUAAAUUAGUUUUACUUUUAUGCUUUUAUGCUAAGGAUUGUGUUGAGUGGAGAUUGCUUCCUUGUUCUGCUGUAUUCCCUUGGUUACCUCUAGUCCCUGGUUUUAUUAAUAAAUAAUGUAGACAACAUUUUUGUAGAUCCUCACAUGUGAUUUGUUUUCAUAAGCCUUGGUCUCCAGGGCAAGAGAGAGUCAACAUGUUCUGUGUCCUGGGACAAGGAGUUUGAUUGAAGGGAAUAAAUGAACAUAUUGGCUUUGUUGGCUAUGACAAAUAUUACCGUAAAGAUAUACAAAACAUAGCCGCCCUGGGUGUGAAUUUAUUUACCCAUAUUUUAAAUGACACCUGACAUCUUUGAAUCUAACCUGGCCUUUCAUUUGUGCUUUGUCAGGUUUCUUCAACCUCGGAAACAGGUUUGCUGUAGAUCUGAUUGGUCAUUUUGUCUGCCAUAUGCUAAGAUGCAAUUGAAAGCAUUGUCAUAUAUAAAUGGGAAUGGCCAUGAUGCCAUUUUAAAACUUUUAAGAAACAAUUUAAAAAAGUCUUUCUAACAUUUGUUAACUGAGUUCCACUUUCAGAGCAGGUGUCAUUUGAAAGCAAUGCUGGUUGUUGUACUUACUAUAAAUCCAGAUUAAGAUCUGAUUGACUGGUCUUUGAAGCACCAAGUUGAAAUUGUAAAAAUCUAACAACUUUUAGUUUUCCUUUAAAAAAAAAAAACAAGAGGGAUGAAAUGCAAUUUGCUAAACUUCAUUCUCUGAAUGGAGAUAAUUAUUACUUUUUUAGAGCAUUUCUGUUUUACUGUGACAGGAUACAUCAUUAGAAACAGGUAUCGAAUAGACAUUCAAGAAACAUUUGUCUUUCUCUUAGUCUGUUUACAUAAUACAAAUUCCAUUAGUGCCAUUUUUAGAGGCACGUAUGAAGAAAAUGUUAUUUCAAUGGGGGUGACAAAGUACUUGCAGUGAUUAUAGGGUUGAAAGUUGAAUAUUUCCUGUGACACUGUAAAAUGUUUUUUUUGUAUAAGACAAUCAGGUUAUUUGUCUCAAGUUGCUUUUUAUGGAAGAAGGAAUUAUAACCAUGUAAAAUCUGAUCAUCUUGCAGCAUUGUGUUCAGGUGGCAAAUCAAGAAUUUUGGGUCGUGUAGUAAUGUAAGGAACUAUAAUGAAAAAUCCAACGCGCCCUUUUCAUUUAAUCCAAUUAUACAAUUGAUAUCUUGUUGGUAGAUACUGUUACCCUGACUUCAUUUGUUAGAGUUUAGUCAACAGGACCCAUAAAUGUGUCUCAUUGGAUUACUGAAGAACGAAAACAAACUUGGUGCUUUCGGGGAAACUGUCAGGAAUCGUGUUUUUUCUGGUUUUGGGGGAAUUUUGCACCCAUAACUCCCACUUGUUUUCAUCAGAGAGGGAAAUUUUGGAUCCAUCAUCCCAUGUCAUCUUUCUACACCCAGGGCUGGUAAACUGGAAGAUCAUCUGUGGUGGCUUUGUUAAUCUGUAUUUACAGUAUACUGACUCUACCACACGUGUUGGCCUGUUGAACUGAUUCCCAGCGGUAAUCUUGAACUGUUUAAGCGACAAAAAAGAAAAAGAAUAUGAAUUUUAGGAUUCAUUUUUUUGGUCAUUUGAAUAUGAAAUUGCUUGCUUUGUACAUAAAUGUGUUAACAAUGAUUAAAAACCUCAAUGAUCUUUA